AUGGCUUGGCAACCGAGUGGAGAGAACCUGAAGACUCUGGCACAAUGUCUGAAGGAUUCCCUGAGCGCCUUCAAUAAGGCCGCCCAGAAGCAGGCUGAAAUCAUGCUUAACCAAGCAAAAGCUUCGCCCGAUAUCAACAACUACUUGGCCCUGAUCUUCUCGAGCUCGGAACCACCCCAGGAGUUUCCGGCGACCGCUGCAGACUGGCAUGUUGUGCGCUGUGCCGCCGCUCUGAUGCUGAAGAACAACAUCAAGAACAACUAUAACAAGAUUCCAGAACAGAGCUUGGCUCUUGUCAAGUUGGCUGUCCCCUUGGGGCUCCAGGACAAGAACUCACAGAUCCGCAGUCAUGCAGGCACUCUUGCGACUGAGCUGAUCAACAAGGGAGGAAUCUACGGCUGGCCCGAGUUUCUGCCCGAGUUGCUCAAGACGUUGACCAAUGAGUCUGGUCAGGUAACGCCCGAGGCGCAGGAGGGAGCUAUGGCUGCCAUGGCAAAGAUCUGCGAAGAUAAUGCGAAGAUGCUGGAAAGGGAACACAACGGCCAAAGGCCUAUCAACUUUCUCCUUCCAAAGUUUAUUCAGGCAACCAGGAGCGCGGUGCCCAAAGUUCGCGCCCAUGCUCUCACAGCCAUCAAUGUGUUCACCCCUAGGAAGUCGCAGGCCAUGCUGAACUCGAUAGAUGACCUUCUACAGCACCUCUUUGCUCUGGCUGAAGACCCCUCAAUCGAUGUUCGAAAACAGGUUUGCCGCGCUUUUGUGAACCUGGUGGAAACUCGUCCGGACAAGCUUCUGCCACAUAUCGAAGGCCUGGCCAAGUACAUCAUCGCUCAACAAAAGGGCGACGACGAGGAUCUUGCCACUGAGGCUGCCGAGUUCUGGCUGACUGUUGGAGAGCACGAUAACCUGUGGCGGGCCCUGGAACCGUACAUCACAGACAUCAUUCCCGUACUUUUGGAGUGCAUGGUCUACAGUCCCGAGGAUAUUGCCAUACUUGGAGGUGCUUCGGACGAUGAGGAUGAAGAAGACAGGGAGGAGGAUAUCAAGCCACAGUUCGCCAAGAAGAAGCUGACCCGUGCUGCUAACGGAAACACCGCGGCUGAUAUGGCGAAGAACGGAAACGCUUUCGAGAAGGUUGCAAGCAUGGAGGAAGACGACGACGACUUGGAAGAUGGCGAAAUUGACGACAGCGAAUCCGAGGGAGAUGAGAAUCCCGAUGAGAAGUGGACUCUCCGCAAGUGCUCAGCGGCGGCACUUGAUGUAUUUGCUCGCGACUUUGGCGGACCAGUCUUCACCUCUAUUCUACCUUAUUUGCAGAGCAACCUCAAGCACGCGGAUUGGUCUUACAGAGAAGCGGCUGUUCUCGCCCUUGGCGCUGUUGCCGAGGGCUGCAUGGACGUGGUUGUUCCCCACCUUCCAGAAUUGGUGCCGUAUCUUGUUAGUCUCCUCGACGACGAGGAGCCGGUGGUUCGCCAGAUUACCUGCUGGACCCUUGGCCGAUACUCUGCGUGGGCGGUCAGCCUUGUGGAUCAGGCACAAAAGGAGAGAUACUUCCUACCUAUGAUGGACGGAAUUCUCAAGAAGAUGCUUGACAAGAACAAGAACGUUCAGGAGGCUGGUGCCUCUGCUAUGGCAAACCUAGAAGAGAAGGCGGGCAAGGCGCUCGAGCCAUACUGCGGACCCAUCAUCCAGCAAUACAUCCGGUGCUUCGGCAAGUACAAGGAUAAGAAUAUGUGGGUUCUCUAUGACUGCGUUCAGACGCUGGCUGAGCACAUCGGCCCCGUCCUGGCUAGGCCUGAACUUAGCAACCAGUUGAUGCCAGUCCUACUGGAUAGGUGGCAGAAGGUGGGUGAUGAGUCCCGGGAGCUUUUCCCCUUGCUCGAGUGCCUUUCCUACGUCGCUAUGGCCCUUGGCGAUGCCUUCACCCCUUACGCCGAGCCUAUUUUCGGUAGGUGUAUUCGAAUCAUUCAUCAAAACCUGGAGCAGGCCAUGAAGGCCAAGACCAACACCGAUCUUGAUCAACCUGAUGAGGAUUUCCUGGUCACCAGCCUCGAUCUUCUCAGUGCCAUCAUCCAGGCCCUAGACAACGACAAGGCUUCCAAGCUUGUUGCCAACGUCCAGCCAACCUUUUUUGAGCUGAUGGCUCUGUGCAUGGGGGAUCAAUCUGAUGCGGUUCAGCAAUCGGCAUACGCUCUUCUCGGCGAUUGUGCCAAGUACGUCUUUGAACAACUUAAGCCAUUCCUGCCCAACAUCAUGCCGGUCGUUAUCAAGCGCUUGGACAUGGACACUAUCCUGGACGAGGAGGUCGACAACAGCUUCAGCGUAGUCAACAAUGCCUGCUGGAGUGUCGGCGAGAUUGCUCUUCAGUACAAGGCAGGCAUGGCGCCAUUCGUGCCCCAGCUCAUUCAACGAUGUGUUGACAUCCUCUCCAACCCCAGGGUACCCGGAGGUGUCAGCGAAAACGCCGCUAUUGCCUUGGGUAGGUUAGGACUUGACAACGCCGAACUUGUGGCCCCACACCUUGGCAGUUUCGCUGAGGAGUUCCUCGACACAAUGGACGAUGUUGAUCCUUCUGAAGAGAAAGCCACAGCGCUGCGUGGCUUCACUGAGAUGGUUACUCGUAACCCCCAGGCUAUGGAGAACGUUCUACUGCAUUACUUCAGCACAAUUGCCAACUACCAGGAACUUAGCCUGCAGAAGCCCGUUUUGCUUGAGUUGCAUGAAGCCUUCCAGAACGUCAUCAAUGUCUACAAGCAAAUUAUUCCGGGAUUCGGCAACUUUCUCAUGCAAAUGGAAGCCAAGGACCUCGAGCUGCUCCAGAGGCUCUUCGCUCUCUGA